AUGCCUUCCGCCGCUUUCCGGUUAAGGACUCUCCGAGCUUUUGCUCGAAAUGCUUCUAAUCCCAAUGCCGUCCUCACGCGAUCCUUCUCGGCCACCGCUCGCCGCGCCGAGAUCAACAAGGUCUUCCCCUCCGCGAAGGAGGCCCUCAAGGACAUGAAGCCCAACACGACACUCCUCUGCGGUGGCUUCGGUCUCUGCGGUGUGCCCGACUCGCUCAUCAACGAGGUCAUGAACAAGCCCGAGAUCACUGGCCUCACAGCUGUGUCAAACAACGCCGGUACCGACAACUCGGGUCUUGGCCAGCUUCUGAAGACGAAGCAGAUCCGCAAGAUGAUUGCCAGCUACAUUGGCGAGAACAAGACUUUUGAGACCAUGUACCUCACCGGUGAGGUCGAGCUUGAGCUGACCCCCCAGGGUACCCUCGCUGAGCGAUGCGCCGCUGGUGGUAAGGGAGUGCCCGCCUUCUACACCCCCGCCGCUUUUGGAACCGUUGUCCAGACUGGCGAUCUUCCUCUCCGAAACAAGCCCGAUGGCUCUCCCGCCGAGUACUCGUACCCCAAGGAUGUCAAGGUCUUUAAGGGCAAGUCAUAUCUCCUCGAGCACAGCAUCGACGGCGACUAUGCCUUCGUCAAGGCUUACAAGGCCGACAAGCUCGGCAACUGCCAGUUCCGCCUCGCUGCGCACAACUUUAACGGUGCCAUGGGCCGCAACGCCAAGAUGACCAUUGUCGAGGCCGAGCACAUCGUUGAGCCCGGCGAGAUCCCUCCCGAGGCCGUUCACCUGCCCGGUAUCUACGUCAAGCGUGUCAUCCAGAGCACUGAGGAGAAGGCUAUCGAGAAGUACACCUGGGCCAAGGACGAGAACGACCCUGCGGCCGCAAAGGCCCUCGGCACCGGCGACACAGCGGCUAAGCGAGAGCGCAUCGUGCGUCGCGCUGCCAAGGAGUUCAAGAACGGCAUGUACGCCAACCUAGGUAUCGGUAUGCCCAUGCUCGCCCCUGGCUUUGUCGGCCCCGAGGUCGAGGUGCAGCUGCAGUCUGAGAACGGUAUCCUGGGUCUGGGCCCCUACCCCAAGAAGGGUGAUGAGGAUGCCGACCUGAUCAACGCUGGCAAGGAGACAGUGACUCUCAAGCCUGGUGCUGCCGUGUUUGGUAGCGAGGAGAGCUUUGGCAUGAUCCGCAGUGGACGUAUCAACCUCACCAUCCUGGGUGCCAUGCAGGUCAGCGGUACUGGUGAUCUUGCCAACUGGAUGCUUCCUGGCAAGGUCAAGGGCUUUGGCGGUGCCAUGGAUCUCGUCAGCAACCCCAGCGAGACCAAGGUUGUGGUGACGAUGGAGCACACAGACAAGAAGGGCAACCCCAAGAUUGUCAAGCAGUGCGCGUUCCCCUUGACUGGACGGGCGUGCGUGUCGAGAAUCAUCACCGAGCUUGGUGUCUUUGACGUUGACUUUGCCCACGGCCUGACCCUUAUCGAGAUCGCCGAUGGCGUCACCGUCGACGAGAUCAAGAGCAAGACGGAAGCUCCCUUCACCGUGGCCGAGGACCUCAAGCCCAUGCUGUAG